AUGGCAGCAUCUGGAGUUGGCAGUGCGUUCCCCAAGGUCUCUGGGCUGGAAUAUGUGCAAGGCGAGGCACGUGUGGAGGAGCUGCUCGGCAAAGCACCGCUCUGUGUUGAGUCAUGGGCGACAUGGUGCGGGCCGUGUCGGACCUCGAUUGCCCACCUCUCUGAGCUGGCGGCCAAGUACCCCGAGGUGGCCGUCGUCGGCGUCUCGGCAGAGCCGCCGUCCAAGAUCAAGCCGUUUGUGGCCAAGAUGGGCAGCCAGAUGUCGUACACCGUCGCCUCCGACAGUGAUCGUGAGGUCGAAGCAGCUCAGGCUGGCCUCGGCAUGCGCGGCAUCCCCUUUGCCACCGUCAUCGACGCCGCCGGUAACGUCGUCUACACCGGCCAUCCCAUGGAGCCAGCCUUUGAGUCUGCGCUGGCCGAGCAGGCCAACACCGCCCGCCAGGCCGCUGUCAAGGCAGCCCGCGUGGAUGCCGUCCGCGGUAAGUCUGCCGAUGAGCUCGCCUCCUGUUCCGUCAAGGAGCUCAAGGGUGCCCUCGCUGCCCUCGGCGCAGACUACUCAUCCUGCAUCGAGAAGCGCGAGCUCGUUGAUCUCCUAGCCUCUACCCUCGCCAAGUCCUAA